GUUUUGCGCAAAGCUCGAGUCAGUUGUCUUGUUGUUGUUGCAGCAGACGACACAGUCGGUGAAGGUUUAGUAAAGGCAGUGGAGCUGAUCGGGAUGGUACACCAAGUGAUCUACGCUCUGAGAGGUUGGAUUGCCUUCGUGGCUUUUAUCGACAUGGGCAUGGCCGUACAGUGUUUCCUGGACGCCGACUCCUUCCUGGGCACGCAGCUCUAUACCAAGGGUGAUAUUGCGGAACACGUAAAUCCUGCAAUGUCCAGAUUACUGGGGACACAUCGCAUACUAAGCGCAUUAAUAAUGACGCAUUGCGCUCUCUGCAUACAUCACAAGCCGAUAUUAAGUAUGGCGGUGUGCAGCUGCCUGUUGACCAUCGCAGCGAAUGGGACGGAGACCCUGUGGUAUGGAACGGCUCCCAUCAACUUCUACACACUCUUCCCCGUAGCAAUAGCAGCGGUGACCAUCGUGGGGCUGUGCAUAGCGCCGACGUUUCUUAAAAGCCCCGAAGUGGAAGCCGAGGAGGAGACGCACCUCCUGAAGUUGGGUCUCCCGAGGAAGAAGUGCUGGAACAAGAAGCGAACCUGAUGCAUUGGAGAGGCCGCGCACAACCUGGGCUUCGUCAGAUAAUCGCCAACAGAGACACAUUAACUGAAUAGCUGUUAGUUCCUGGUUUCUGGAAAUGACAUUGAAUUAUAUAUUCCAAUUGGAGGGACUGGCUCUCUCUCUUCUCCUC